AAAAAACUCGCACAUUUUCCACCUCCUGUGUAUCCGCCAUGUCUGCCGACUUGCCUUCGUUUUGGUUUCCACCACCUGGACCGGCUCUGCCUCCAUUGCCAGAGUCUACCCUGGAGCUCAAACCGCCCGAAGAUGACCCACGCUUGAACGGUACCAUUGAAUAUGUAGAAUACUUACAUUGGUAUAUGUACAAUAUACUUCAGAACGAGGAAAACUACCUGAGCGGAUCUUUCAGCUGGAAUGAAAGCGAUAUCCACAUGGGCGACGUCAUAGUACCUGUGUCCAAAGCCCCGGAAAGGAAUAUAUACGGCACAGAAGACGAUUGGGUAAGGGGAUGGGAAAUGUGGUGCUUCAGGUGUCCCUCAACUGUUGCUCCGGAGGAACCAGAGAGAGACCCAAUGACCGGAUACCCCUUUUGUGGCGAAAGCAUCCUCAGUAUGGAGCCCUUGAGGUAUUUCUCUACUACGAAAAAGGAGCCAGUGUUGGAAGUCCCCGUAUCAACCGUCCCAGGUGCCGAUAGUGUCAUGGCGUGUGUAAUUGAACAACAGGUAGACCCAGAAUGGUUUAGAGUCAGUUCAACUGCACCGGAAUUAGGCCCUAUCAUCACCAAACCCUUCAUCGUAUCCCGCAGCCUCAGAGACUCCGACUCAGGAACACGAUACCGCUACACCGAAACCUUCCCCUGGGGCGUCCUCGAUGACGCUCAAUCCCAACAAGCAACUCCCUCCCCAACCCCAACACCCACAUCAACCACCGACUUCUGGGACUGGUACGACGACUACGCCCCCACAAGCGUCAGCAACCCAUCUGUCAACCCCGCAGCCUUCACAUCCAACAGCAAAGGCAGCGCUCCCUCCGCGGGCAUAAUAAUCGGCGUCCUAGUCCCCGUCGCCCUCAUCAUAGGCAUCGUCGCUUGUUUCGGCAAGCGAAGCCGCGCUCAGCAGCGCAAAGCGACUGCCGCAUCUGCGCCGCCCAUGAAUACGAAUGCGGCAGCUGAUGCGCGUCGUCAAGCGGCUGUUGCUGCGCGCGCGAGUCGGACUACCGCCGCACCAGUGACGGUACAAGGGGAUGUAGAUGAUAUGCCACCUCCCGCCUACCACAAGGUCGUCUCGAAUGUAGAAAGGAUGGAUAUCGAACGCAGGAUGCAUGCGGAAGGGACGGCGCCUGUUGGGUGGCCGCCGACAUAUACAGAUGCACGACAUGCGGAGUCGACAACGGUAACACAGCCCGACCCUGUUGCGAGUGUACCUGGAACGAGCCGGGCGCCGUAUCCGGCGCUGCCUUCGUCACCUACACGGUAGCUGAGGUUGGGAAUAUGGUUGUUCGAUUAAUUGGUUUUCAGACUGGAACACGUUGAGAAUAUGCCACGCACACUUGUCCCAAUUGGAAGGAAGAAG